CCGCAGCGCCGCCCACUCCGAUCCGGGUCCUGACGGCAGCUCCGCGGCUGCGCAGUGCACGCUGCUUAUUGUGCUCGCUUUGGCCAUGGCCGCCGAGAUGAGCUCUGAGGUUCCCGAACCGGUGGCUCUGACAGCACCGAGUAACCCUGUGACACCUGGACCCGGGCAGGUGAGGGUGAUCGGAGCAGUGCCUGCCCGCGGAGGGAAGCGGCGCUCGGGACUGGAAUUUGAUGAUGAAGAUGGAGAAGGGCCUAGCAAAUUUUCAAGGGAAUUAGGCAUUAUGAAAGAGAACCACAGUGAAAUUGAAAGAAGGCGUCGAAACAAGAUGACUGCCUACAUCACAGAAUUGUCGGAUAUGGUGCCAACAUGCAGUGCUUUAGCACGUAAACCUGAUAAACUGACCAUUCUACGGAUGGCUGUGUCACAUAUGAAGUCGUUAAGGGGGACAGGAAAUACUUCCACUGAUGGUGCCUAUAAGCCUUCAUUUCUAACAGAAAAGGAGUUGAAACAUUUGAUUUUGGAGGCAGCAGAUGGAUUCCUUUUUGUAGCUGCAGCUGAGACUGGAAGAAUCAUCUAUGUUUCAGACUCUGUUACACCUGUUUUAAAUCAUCCACAAUCUGAAUGGUUUGGAAGUACCUUGUAUGAUCAGGUUCAUCCGGAUGAUGUCGAAAAACUGAGAGAGCAGCUGUCUACAUCAGAAAGUUCCAUGACCGGUCGUAUACUGGAUCUCAAGACUGGGACAGUUAAAAAAGAAGGGCAACAGUCUUCAAUGAGAAUGUGCAUGGGAUCCAGACGCUCUUUUAUUUGUAGAAUGAGGUGUGGAACCGCUCCCUUGGAACAUAUCUCAUUGAGCAGGCUGACCGUUCUACGCAAGAGAUAUAGAAAUGGCUUGGGACCUGUCAAGGAAGGAGAGUCUCAGUAUUCUGUAGUGCACUGCACUGGAUACAUCAAAGCUUGGCCACCAGCAGGAAUGACCCUUCCAGAGGAGGAAUCAGAUGGUGGACAAAGCAGUAAAUUUUGCCUUGUUGCAAUUGGACGCCUUCAGGUAACCAGCUCGCCAGUGUGCAUGGAUAUGAAUGGUCUUGCCAUUCCCACAGAAUUCCUGUCGAGACAUAAUUCGGAUGGACUCUUUACAUUUGUGGAUCAUAGAUGCAUCACAGUCAUUGGCUAUCAGCCACAGGAGCUACUGGGAAAGGAUAUUGUCGAGUUUUGCCAUCCCGAAGAUCAAAGCCAUGUGCGAGACAGUUUUCAGCAGGUUGUGAAAUUGAAAGGGCAGGUGCUAUCAGUGAUGUACCGUUUCCGAACAAAAAGCAGAGAUUGGUUGUGGAUAAGGACAAGCAGUUUUACUUUUCAGAAUCCCUAUUCCGAUGAAAUUGAAUAUAUUAUCUGCACCAACACCAAUGUAAAGCAACUCCAGCAGCAGCAACAAGCUGAGCUUGAAGUGGGUUCAAGAGAAGGUCUACCUUCCUAUGACCCUUCCCAGGUGCCCGUUGCAACUGUAUCUGCUGGUGUCCAAGAACAUGGAAAGUCAAUUGAUAAAACUGACCCGCUGUUUUCUCAGGACAGAGACCCCAGAUUCACAGAUAUCUACACUGGUAUUUCUCCUGGUGAAAAGAAGACAAUGUCUACAGCAUCAUCUGCAGGAAGCCAACAGAUCUACUCACAAGGAGGUUCAUUCCAGCCUGGGCGAACAGGACAAACAUUCAGCACGUCAAUGGUACCCGGUGGAAACAUCAUCCAGCAAACAUCCUCAGCAGGCCAGAUUUUAGCCCAGAUAUCUCGCCAAUCAAAUGCGAAUCAGGUCUCUGCAACAUCCUGGACUGGGAGUCGACCACCUUUCCCGGGGCAGCAAGUAACCUCUCAGUCCAGUAAGGCUCAAUCACCACCUUUUGCCAUAGGAUCAAGUCACACCUUCCCAGCAGACCCAUCUACUUUCAGUCCCCUGUCCAGUCCUGUGUCUACAUCUUCACCAGGAGGACCUUCUUAUACCAGUCUGGCAAAUCGAUCCACUGGUUUUGCUGAGAGUGGACAGAGUAGCGGACAGUUCCAGGGAAGGUCAUCUGAAGGUUCAGCUGUAUGGUCUCAGUGGCAAGGCCAGCAUCAUAAUCAACAGGCAAGUGAACAGCAUACACAUCAACAACCAGGACAACCAGAGGUCUUUCAGGAUAUGUUGUCCAUGCUUGGAGAUCCAACACAGGGGACUGGCAAUUACAACAAUGAGGACUUUGCUGAUCUCAGCAUGUUCCCAUCAUUUUCUGAGUAAAUGGCUAAUAAGCUGGUGGUUGAUCACUGAGAGGUGAGCAUAUAAUUACAGAAGGAAUUUUUGGCUUAAGGAAUCCUUUUGAGAAAAUUUGAGCUGUUUAAAUAAAACCAAAUGGAUUCAAUUCAGUAGCAUUAGCAAACUAUGUCACACAUUCCAGGCAGUGAAUUGGGAAAACUAGAGCAAAUGUAUGCAGUGUAAUGAAUACCACAGUCUAACCAAACUUUAUUAGAUCAUCCCCUUAACUUCAUGAGGGGAAAAAAAUUUACCAUAACCAGAUGUUAGCAGUUAGGACACAAAUAUACAUGUCAAAAAUGUAAACAUGCUUAACAGUAGAUAUACACUGCCGUAGAAUUGGGCAAAACAGAAUAAAAGGGUCUGAGUGAUGUGAACCAACAAAAGGAAGAUUAUAAUCUUGUCUUCUUACAUAUUUGUUGAAUAAACAAAUACUUUAAAGCUAAAUUAAAAAUGAAACAUAACUAUGAGCUGAAGAAACAUUCAACCAAAAGAUACAUAUUAAACUGUACGCUAUAGUUUUACAAUGUCGUUGUUCAGUAUGAGUGACCAUUUUCUUCCUACAUCUGAUCCAAUGUGUUCAAACACUCAAUCUUCAGAGGUUUAAUCUUUGGAUUAUAGAUCAUCUCGCCAGCAAGUUCCAGCAUGGUCCAGAUCUCUUGAAAACUGAAGCCAGUCAAGUAUCACCACUGGAGUAUUUUCUGUCAAUUUAAAAGAGGAACGUUCCUAUUAUCUUGACAGUGUAAAUGUCAGAGAGGAAGGGAGGAACUAUCAAAAUCCUUCCCUUCUUUUCUCUUACCUUACCAAGCAGAUCAAUGUGAGUGUGCCAUUCUGUAAUAUCCCAUGCCUCACCAGGGUUUUGCAUUUUACUAUUGGCUUAGAUUGUAUUAGACUGUUUAUAAUCAGUGUACUUCUACAUGUUCCACGUUUAUAUUCAUUAUUAAAAUUAUAAAUGUUGCAAUUUGAUGUUCAGAUUCAUGCCUUAAUAUUAAUAUCUUGUAGACACUAUUACUCGUGUAACUUUUGCUGUGUUAUGGGCAAGUCUUCAGUGUUGUGUCUUAGUCAUUUAUAACAUGGACUAUUCUUGUAUUAGGUUUGUCAGUACCAAUAGAACUAAGAAAACAGCAGGUGUUAUUUGUAAAAAUGGAUCAAGUUAGGGAAGGCAUUGCGUCCUACAGUGCUAUACAUUGACAAUAAUGGUAGGGGAUGGUGGUCCCUCUUAACCCAUCAUAUUAAAUAUGCAGAGGUUGGGUGAUUAUAAUGUAUACUCGUCCAAAAUAUGAUUUAGAAACCAAUAUGAAUUAACACAAAUAACAGCUUAAAAUGUUAAGAAACUGUCCUUUACUAUACACCUAUUUGUGUCCAAAAACAUACCAGUCCCUGAAAUGUACAUGAUUAUUAAUUUUGUGGUUUAAUUACAUCAUCACAGUUACGGGUCUGGUGUGAAGCUAACAAUACUCAAUGCUGGGUUAAUUUCCAACCUUGUUUCAGUCUGGUAAGUCUACAGGCACUUGAAAAGAUUGUUUUAAGAACAAUGAAAAUUGCAAUUAUUGCUCUAAAACAUACAAUGACAUACCAUGACAGCACAUCUCCUGGCAGGGCUAUCUAUAAAGUCUCAACAGCAGCUUUUAAAAUCUUUUCUCUAAUUUUGUUUAGAUAGCACCAUGGGUGUAUGAAGGUACUAUAGUUUGGUUCAAUUAGAACUUUAUCAAAUUAUGUAUAGAAUAAAUUGUCAAAGAUAAAUAUCUCUGUUCAUUCGAGAUCAGCAUCAAAUGAUCAAAAUUUCACUCCAGUAUUGUUAAAAAAAAUCUUUCUUUAUUUGAUUUACAGAAACUUUAAAGAUGUGGAUUCAGUCUUUACUACUUUGCUGAACAAUGUAGUACUUUUAAAAUCUGCUGACCAAGGGAAGUACCCUUUGCCAAUUAAAAUAAAUUCUUUAACUUUCCUGUUUCCUGAGGUUAAACCUCAGGAAACAGGUCAUAGAAUCCAACAGAACAAAAGCAAAAUGCUGCAGUCUGUGUAAAUCUGAAAUAAAAACAGAAAGUGCCGGAGAAACUCAGCAAG